UAAUUAAAUGCUUCCAAAAAUAUAAGGAUAAGCUGUUGGAAGAAAAGAGAAUUUGGCUUCAUAAUAGAUUGUAGAAGAUCAUCUAAAGAACAUAUUGAAAAAACAAGAAAACUAAGUAAGACAGUUGUUGAAUUUUAUACAGAAUUAUAAAGCAUGGAAAACCCCAUAUGCUCCAAAGAAUCCUCAUACACCAUUUGGAGAUUUUCCAAAAGAAUAUAUGCCAAAAGAAAAGGCAAAUAAAUAAAAAGUAAUUGAACCUGUUCAUGAGACUUCUUAAAAUGCUUUAAUAACAAGUAAAAGAGUUGUUUGAGAUUUAUUAGAUAAAUAUUAAGGGACUCAUUAAGGAACAGGAGGAAGAACAAGUUCAUAAUUAUAGAAGAAAGAAGAAUAUAGACCUGCACCACCAAAAGCAGGAGCAUUUGAUUAAAGAACAAUAUCAGUUUCAGAUUUUAGGAGAUAUUAUGAUCGAGGAGAUUUACCUAUAAAAGUUUUGAAUAUAGAAAUAUAUUUAGGUUGAUCAUUAAGGCAGUGUAAAUAGAAUUAUAUGGAAAAUAUCUCCAGAAUAAUUAGAUUAUCAUCAUUAUUUACCAAUAUUUUUUGAUGGAUUAAGAGUAUAUGAUAAUUUUAAAAUAAGGAAAAAAUGGAUCCUUAUAGAUUCUUAGCUAUAUUGGGAACAUAUGGAUUACUUGAGAGUGGAGGUAAUAAAAUAUUACCAGUUAUUCCUUAAUUGAUUAUUCCAAUAAAAAGUAUUAUUGACAAUAAUAAAAAUAGCAAAUUUAAAUACUAGAGAUCCAAGCAUAAUAGAAGUUUAAUUGAAAGUUCUUCAAAAAUUAGUUUUAAGUGGAGAAAUGGUUGGAGAAGCAUUAGGUAAUUAAAUAAAUCUAUUUCAUAGUACCAUAUUAUAGAUAAUUAUUGCCUAUCAUGAAUUUAUAUAAAAAUAAAAAUUCAAAUUUAGGUGAUUUUAUAGAGUACAAUUAAAGAAAAAGAGUGAAUAUUGGUGAUUUAAUAUAAGAAACAUUAGAAUUAUUUGAACAAACAGGAGGAGAAGUAAAAAUUAAAUAAUAAUAAUUAGGAUGCUUACAUAAAUAUUAAAUACAUGAUUCCAACCUAUGAGAGUUGCAUUUUAAAUUGA